GCUCAAUCAGCCUGGGCCUCUUUCUGCCAGUCCUAAGGACAGGGAGGCCCACUGCCCGGGGACCCUACAGGACAGUAAGGAUAUGCCACCUAAAACCAAAGGAAAGAGGAAGAAAGUGGGGGCCAAAAAGCAGAACAAGAACUUGGGUGCUGGUGUGGAAGCCGAGGCGGAGCGCAGGCUGCUGCUGCUGGAGAAGGAGCUGCUUCAGGAGCACUUGGCCCUACGGAGAGAUGAGGCUCGUCAAGCCAAGGCUUCCGAAGACCGGCUGAAACAGAGGUUGCAGGAGUUGGAGGCUGAACUGGAAAGGGCCCGAAGUGAAGGGAAAGCCAUAUAUGCAGAGAUGAGCCGCCAGCAUCGGGCCCUGCAAGCAAAGAUGGAGACCAGCAGCAAGCAGAUGGAAGAGGAAGUGAGGAGCCUUCGGGAGCAGCUAGAGACAUGCCAAAGGGAGGCCCAGGCUGCAAAGGAAGAGGCUGAGCACGUGCUUGGAGAACGGGACCACACCCUGGCUCAGCUUCGAGCCCAUGUGGCAGACAUGGAGGCCAAGUAUGAGGAAAUCUUAGAUGGCAGCCUGGACCAGCUUUUGGCCAAGCUGAGAGCCAUCAAGCCACAGUGGGAUGCAGCCGCCCUGAGGCUCCACUCCAGACACAAGGAGCAGCUACGCCAGUUUGGUCUCAACCCCUUGGAUCUUUGAGGCUGCUGGCCUGUAGUCUCAGAGGCCCAACA